AUGCAAAAGCUCCGUGCUGCUCCGGUAAAGCUGAAUUUUUGCUCCAGUCAGUUUUUUGCUCUCACCUUUUCGUUCGUUGGUCUUAUUCUUGGACCAUACAUCCUUCACAAAGUCGACAAGGCUGUGGGCUUGAACGAGUUGAACAAAAAAGGAAAGAAAAUGCUCAAGGAAUAUCGAAAACGCCCAGGCGGUAAGAAGCAAAUUCAUGCUGAUUAUCAUUACAUGAAGCAUCAGCUGGAAAAGCAGUGGGAAAACAGUGCGCAUUCUGCCUCUUAA